ACGGCUACCCCUCUCUCUCUCUUCCCCUUCUCUCUCGCUCUCUUGUCCUUCCAAACCCUACUCUCUCAGUCUCGCACUCUCAGAUUCACGUUUCUCUCUAUCUGAAAUACUCAUUUUCGCUCUCUACAAUUCGCGAUGAAGCACUUCAUGCAGCCGAGAAACACUAUAUUGAGGGAGGCGACGGAGCCUACCUCGUCGCCAAACCCUAGCUACGGCAAGCCCAGGCCACCUCGGAAGCCCAAGGCCUCCAAGGAGAAUGCUCCGCCCUCGGAUCCGAACUCCAUGGCCUCCGAUUCGAAGCCUUCGCCGGCGGCGAAGUUGAAGAGUCCAUUGCCGCCUCGGCCACCGCCGUCGAACCCUCUCAAGCGGAAGCUCAGCGUUGACUCUCAGACCGAAAACUCUGUCCCUGGGACCUCCGAUUCUGGUGUCCAGGUAGUAGUGAGAAUGCGACCGCCGCGAAAGGAUAAGGAUGAAGGAGAGAUGAUGGUACAGAAAUUAUCUAGUGACUCUUUGUCGAUAAAUGGACAGACCUUCACAUUUGACUCGGUUUGCGACACAGACUCUUCACAGCUAGAUAUUUUCCAGCUUGUAGGAGCACCUCUAGUUGAGAAUUGUAUGGCAGGUUUUAACAGUUCUGUAUUUGCGUACGGACAGACGGGAAGUGGAAAGACAUAUACCAUGUGGGGUCCAGCCAAUGCCUUGCUGGAUGAAAAUCUAUCAAGUGAUCAACAAGGGUUAACCCCUCGUGUUUUCGAGCGUCUUUUUGCUCGCUUAAAUGAGGAGCAAAUCAAGCAUGCUGACAAACAACUCAAGUAUCAGUGCCACUGUUCUUUUCUCGAGAUUUACAAUGAACAAAUCACAGAUCUUUUGGAUCCAAAUCAAAAAACCCUUCAGAUAAGAGAAGAUGUUAAAUCAGGUGUCUAUGUCGAAAAUCUCACAGAGGAGUGUGUACACACUAUCAAAGAUGUGACUCAGCUUCUGAUAAAGGGCUUGUCAAACAGGAGGACAGGUUCAACUAGUAUCAAUGCAGAGAGUUCCCGCUCACAUACUGUAUUUACCUGUGUGGUUGAAUCUCAAUACACGAAUGUGGCAAAUGGUAUAAGCAGCUUUAAAACCAGUAGAAUAAAUCUUGUUGAUCUAGCUGGGUCAGAGCGUCAGAAGUUAACAGGUGCAGCAGGAGAACGCUUGAAGGAAGCAGGGAAUAUCAAUCGAUCACUCUCACAGCUUGGAAACCUGAUAAACAUUCUUGCUGAAAUUUCUCAAACGGGAAAGCAAAGGCAUAUCCCCUAUAGAGAUUCCAGGCUGACAUUCUUAUUACAGGAGUCUCUUGGGGGAAAUGCAAAAUUAGCGAUGGUCUGUGCUAUUUCUCCAACACAAAGCUGCAAGAGUGAGACUUUCAGUACAUUGAGGUUUGCCCAGCGUGCUAAGGCUAUCAAGAACAAGGCAGUUGUUAAUGAAGUAACGCAGGAAGACGUGAACCACCUGCGUGAGGUGAUACGGCAGCUAAGGGAUGAACUACAACGGAUUAAGGCAAAUGGAAACAAUCCAGUUGCUUCGAAUGGAGGUCACAGUGCAGCAUGGUUUCGUCAGAGUUUGAAUUUACUAAAGGCUAGCCUUAAACCACAAAUGACAUUACCUCGUGUCGAUGAUGACAGCGAUGAAGAGAUGGAGAUUGAUGAGGAAGCUGUUGAGAGGCUUUGUGUUGAAGUAAGUAACCAGACAGUUAGUGAAGCUAACAACAGAGCUGAUGCGAACAUUGUAGAAACAAUGGAAUUACAUUCACAACCUGUGGCUGUUGAAAAUGGAAGCUCUGAUGGCCCUCAAGACUAUACGUCUGGAAGUGGUUGUAACAAAGAACAAGGUUGUGAUACAGAUGUUAAUAUGGAAGAAGGAAUAUCUGAACAAGAAGGGGACAUGAUUGUUGAAUGUGUUGCCGACACCCCAGUUAUUCCCUGUGCUAAUGCAUCGGAUCUUCAUAAUCUUAUAGAAUAUACCUCUGUGCAGCCUGCUCAGAAAGAAAAUAUUCUAAAAUCCUCCAUCAGUAGUUUGCUAAAUGAAGAAUCAGCGAACAAAAGAGGGCAUGAAGGUUCUUCAUGUCCAGCCUCUGAUCCUCCUGGAGGAGUGUCUGGCUGCCUUUCAGUUGCAGAUGAAUGCAUUGGUUCUCCAAAUGGCUUAGUUAAUUGUGUUUCUCCAUGCCUGAGCAUAGUUCCAUGCGAUGUAUCCCCAGUCCUAAAGUCUCCUACCCCCAGUGUUUCACCCAGGGUCAACACCAGCAGGAAAAGUUUGAGGACCUCAUCAAUGCUGACUGCUUCUCAGAAGGAUCUUACUGGUGGAAGUACAUUAAGUCCAGAGGCCAUGCACGUAUCUUUGGCAAAACCUGCAAUAAAUAGCUCAUCAGAUGACGUAUCUGCUCAAACAUGUAAGAACUUUUCGGCACCAGCUGAACAGUUGGCAGCAAGCAUUCGCAAUGGCCUUGAAAUUAUUGGUAGUCACCGCCAUAGUUCAGCUUUGAGGAGGUCGUCAUUCAGGUUUUCAUUGAAACCUUCCGAGUCUAGGCUGAUUUUGCCAGUUUCUAAAGCUGAUGUGGGUGUGCAAACUAGUCAUGAAAUAGUCGAAGAAGAUUCAGUGGAAUUUAUGUGUAAUAAUUGCAAGAACAGAAUGCAGCUAGAGGUCAAGGAGGUCAAUGAAAUUUCAGAUCUGCAAUUAUUACCUGUUGAUGGGUCAGAGUCUGCUGACAAAUCCAAGAUACAAGUUCCCAAAGCUGUGGAGAAGGUUUUAGCGGGAGCUAUUAGGAGAGAAAUGGCAUUAGAAGACAUAUGUGCCAAGAAAACUUCUGAGAUAAUGCAGCUCAACCGUUUGGUGCAGCAGUACAAGCAUGAGAGAGAAUGCAAUGCCAUUAUAGCCCAAACAAGGGAGGAUAAAAUUCUACGCCUUGAGAGCCUUAUGGAUGGUGUUUUACCCACUGAGGAGUUCAUGGAGGAAGAGCUAGUGUCUCUCACACACGAGUAUAAGCUUUUGAAGGAAAAAUACGAGAAUCACCCAGAACUUUUGAGGACAAAGAUUGAAUUGAAAAGAGUUCAAGAUGAGCUGGACAAUUUACGAAGUUUCUGUGAUAUGGGUGAAAGGGAAGUGUUGUUGGAAGAGAUUCAAGACUUGAGAAGCCAGCUACAGUAUUAUGUGGACUGUUCAUCCACAUCAGCCCGGACACGGAAGUCUAUGCUGCAGUUGACCUAUUCACGUGACCCCAAUGUGGCUCCUCUUAGUACGAUUCCAGAGUCAACUGAGGAAAGUGCUGAACAGAAACUUGAACAAGAAAGAAAACGGUGGACUGAGGUAGAGAGUAACUGGAUUUCCUUGGCUGAAGAGUUGAAAAUUGAACUUGAGGCCAGCAGAUCACUGGCUGAAAAGAAUAUGCGAGAAUUAGAAACUGAGAAGAAAUGUGCAGAAGAGCUCAAGGAAGCAAUGCAACUUGCGAUGGAGGGGCAAUCACGGAUGUUGGAGCAGUAUGCAGAUUUGGAAGAGAAACAUAUGCAACUACUUGCAAGGCAUAGAACAAUACGGGAUGGAGUAGAGGAUGUGAAGAAAGCAGCUUCUAAGGCAGGAGUCAGGGGUGCUGAGUCUAAGUUCAUAAAUGCUCUCGCAGCAGAAAUUUCAGCAUUGAGAGUAGAAAGAGAAAGAGAGAGGAGAUAUCUUAGGGAUGAAAAUAAGGGGCUUCAGGCACAAUUGCGGGAUACUGCUGAAGCUGUGCAGGCUGCGGGGGAAUUACUUGUGCGACUCAAAGAAGCAGAUGAGGCUGUUGCUACUGCUCAGAAGCAAGCUAUGGAGGCCAAGCAAGAAGCAGACAAGGCUUACGUGAAGAUUGAAAAACUGAAGAAAAAACAUGAGAAGGAGAUUAGCAGUCUCAAUGAGCUCCUUGCCCAGUCUAGUUUACCCAAAGAAGCAAUCCGACCUGCUAUUGAUGAUGGUUCUCAUAUGCCAAAAUACGAUGUGGGCGAGCCCCGUAGUUUAAGUGAUCAACGAUGGAAAGAGGAAUUUGAACCAUUCUACAAUGGGGAAGAUGGCGAGUUACGAAAACUCACAGAACCCUCAUCAUGGUUCUCCGGUUACGACCGGUGCAACAUAUAGAAAGCGAAUUUAGAAUGGCUACAUAGUGUAUAAUAUAGACUACUAAGUGUGUGUCCAAUAGCUCCAUUGUAUGCAGGUCAUCUGGUUGGUCACCAGUUUGACCAUUGCCAUUAUAUUUUUUUUCAAGUGCAUUUUGUAUUCUUCUAUAUCAGAUUCUUUCAUAAGAGAUGAGUGAAUGGAUGUAUUCUUUUAUUCAUAUUCCCCCCUGUUU